CAGAAGAGAGCGUUUCUGGCCAAGUGAUUAAUAGCUGCAUGCUAGAAUUAAGGACUGAAAAGAGUCUGGCUGGUUGAAAUUAUGUCAUGCUUAAAUCUUUUUAGUGUUUCUUUUUAGGAUUGUUUGACUGCCAUGUUAAUGCUGCUUGCUUUUGGAGUGCUGCUUCAGGAAAUCUCGGCCAGUGUUCCAGAUGAAAAUCUUGCUGAUGCCAGCAAUAUUCCGGAAGUGCCAUUGUUGAGCUAUGAAAACAUCAACUUGCCAGAAGAGCAUAUCCCAUACUUUUUAUAUAAUAACCAGCACAUUGCCACAGUCUGUAAGCGGGAUCCUCAUUGCCCAUAUAAAAUCUUGUCUCGCCAGAAAUACUUGAAGAAACUGAAAUCGUGUUGGGGGUAUGAGAAAUCCUGUAAACCAGAAAAAAGGUUUGGGUAUCCAACAUGUGAUUAUGCGGAGGCAGGGUGGGCUAGAACUGUCGAGGAGGCUCAGCAUGUGUUCUGGAAGCAAGCUGAUUUUGGUUAUGUUAAAGAGAGGAUGGAUGAAAUGAAGACUCACUGCAGACCGAAGGCAAUGGGAGAUUCUUCACUUGAAUGUUCUCGUUAUCUUCAGUAUUGCAGAGCAAAGAAUCUGUACAUUGAUUUAAGAAGCCCAACAAGGAACCACGAUAGAUUUAAUGAAGACUUUUUCCAGAAGGAGCAAAUUGGAGGUCAUUGUAAUAUGGAUGUUAAAGCUUUCCUUGCGGAAGGCCAACGGAAAAGUCCUCUACAAUCUUGGUUUGCUGAGCUCCAGACGUAUACAGAACUGAACACCAGUCCUAUGGAAGACGGUAGUUGCGAUGUUGUCAUCGACAAGCCAACUUAUUUCAUGAAGUUUGAUGCAGGUGUUAAUAUGUACCACCAUUUCUGUGACUUUGUCAAUCUUUACAUCACUCAGCAUGUUACCAACUCAUUCAGUACAGAUGUCAACAUUGUCAUGUGGGAUACUAGUUCCUAUGGAUAUGGAGACUUGUUCAGUGAAACUUGGAAGGCAUUUACCGACUAUGAAAUAAUACACUUGAAAUCAUAUGAUUCAAAAAGAGUGUGCUUCAAAGAAGCAGUUUUUGCAUUACUGCCUCGAAUGAGAUAUGGCUUAUUUUAUAACACUCCAUUGAUCUCUGGCUGCUAUGGUACAGGAUUAUUCAGAGCCUUUUCCCAGCAUGUCCUACACAGAUUAAAUGUCACACAAGACGGACCUAAGGAUGGAAAAAUCAGAGUUACAAUACUCACCCGAAGUACAGAAUACAGGAAGAUACUAAACCAAAAUGAGCUUGCCAGUGCUUUGAAAACACUGUCGUUAUUUGAGGUCCAGAUAGUCAAUUACAAGUACAAGGAGCUUGAGUUUGCAAAGCAGCUGAAAAUUACACACAAUUCUGAUAUAUUCAUUGGAAUGCAUGGAGCAGGACUUACUCAUCUUCUCUUUCUACCAGACUGGGCUGUCAUCUUUGAACUGUACAACUGUGAAGAUGAACGCUGCUAUUUAGAUCUGGCAAGACUGAGAGGUGUCCACUACAUGACCUGGCAAAGGAAGGAGAAAGUAUUUCCCCAGGAUCAGGGGCAUCAUCCAACACUCGGAAAACACCCAAAGUUUACAAAUUACUCCUUUGAUGUGGAAGAAUUUGUCCGCUUGGUACUUCUGGCAGCUGAUCAUGUGUCACAACAUUCUAAAUGGCCAUUUAGGAGAAAACAACAUGACGAAUUCUAGGCUGUACUGCAGUGUUUAUACCAGGGGUCCCCAAUC